AUGGACCACUUCCUGGCACCGCUCAACCUCACCUUCUCAGGGCCUUCAACAUUCAUCCUUAUGGGCAUCCCUGGUCUGGAACAUGCCCAUGUCUGGAUUUCCAUCCCUUUUUCUGUGUUCUACAUUAUUGGCCUGUUGGGAAAUUUCACAGUUCUCUUUGUUGUGAGCAAAGAGCAGCCCCUGCACAAGCCGAUGUACCUGCUGCUUUGCAUGUUGGCAGUAACAGAUAUUGGGACGUCUACCUCCAUCGUGCCGAAGGCACUCGGUAUAUUUUGGUUCAAAUUGAAAGGCAUUGCACUGGAUGGCUGCCUCACCCAGAUGUUCUUCCUUCAUUCGGCUUCCGUGAUGCACUCAGCCGUCCUUGUGAUAAUGGCCUUUGAUCGCUACGUGGCCAUAUGUAACCCUCUGAAUUAUGCCACCAUCCUCAGCAAUGCACGAAUAGCCAAGCUAGGGCUAGUGGGUUUGAUAAGAGCUGUUCUCUUCAUCCUGCCCAUGCCCCUGCUCCUGAGUAGGCAGACAUUUUGUACCAACUGCAUUAUCCACCAUAGUUUCUGUGACCACAUGGCUGUGAUAAAGAUGUCAAAUGGAGACACAACAGUGAACAGGAUGUAUGGCUUGGUGAUAGCAAUUGUAGUCAAUGGGUUAGACCUUAUUCUCAUUGCCUUUUCCUAUGGUCUGAUCCUCAGGGCAGUCCUCAGUCUCUCCUCCAAGACAGCCCACCAGAAAGCCCUCAACACCUGCACUGCCCACCUAUGUGUGAUACUGACGUCUUAUACACCCUCACUCUUCUCCUCUCUAACACAUCGGUUUGGCCAGGGAAUCGCUCCACAUGUUCACAUCAUUUUGGCCAACCUCUGUUUCCUCCUCCCCCCCAUGCUCAACCCUAUUAUUUAUGGGGUCAAAACUAAAGAGCUUCGAGACAAAGUGAGGAAAUACAUGUGCAGGAGGUGA